AUGAGUGUCAUGAUUGAGACAUCAAGAUCCUCGUGUCUCUCCUUUACGGACUGCGCCUUCAUCCGCGACACGGGGUACCGCCACGUCGGCUAUACCUACUUCGUCUCCGAUCCCAGCCAGAUUCUGGGUCCGGGACCGCCGCAGGGGCCCAACUGCUAUAACCCGUGGAUGUGGUACAAGACCUGCAUCUUUGGCGCAAACUCGGACAAUUUUGGGUGGACUUGCGGGGAGGAUAUCGGAGAUUAUAAACCUGAGACCCGUGUAUAUAAGUAG